UGUGCCUGUUUGGUUCGGUCGAUUCCACCUUAAAACAUCGUGUUACUAGAAUAUAUCAAAGUUUGAUAAAUCUUCAUUCCUGCUUAAAAUUCGCUUAUUAUCUGUAUUCACCCAAACAGUACAAUAUCUAUUAGUUGUUAUACUUUUGGAAUACUUUGAUUAUUGACACUGUUAACAGUAGUCUCUUAUCAUCAAAGCGUACACAACCGUUUCGGAUGUUUCCAACCUUAAGAGAAAAUCCUCAAUUGAAGUGUAUUGACUAGCCCACAGUAGUAAAAUCAGCCGGCAAGAUGCCCAAGUAUCCAACGGAUAAACGACAAUAUUACGAUUUGGAUUACUACGAAAGGGAUCGGGAUCGUGACCGUGACCGCGAUCGAGACAGAGACAGGGGUGACGAGAUGAGUGACAAAAGAAGAGCUCGAGCAAGGACUGAAAUUGACAGAAGAGAUGAACGGGCGCGAGCCAGCAGCAGUAGCUCUGGUUAUCAGUCGCCAAGGCCUGGAAUAUCUCAAUCGCGACGCCCUGGGGGAGAACCUUACAGCCAUUCAAGUGUCUCUUACUCAUCUGGGCCGUCUUACGCGAGGCCCUCGCUGCCUUCUGAUGAAGCAGCGGUAACCGCAGGUGCACCGUCUACUUCAGCAGCCGCUGGACCAUCAUCUUACUAUCCGACUACUGCACGUGGUGAACAUUUGGGCUCAACUGAGCAACACAGGCCGGCUGUCACAGCGUAUUCUGAAACUGCGUCGGAAACUGCUUCGGUUGCUGGUUCUGUGGCUGGCUCAGAAGCAGCUAGAGGAUCAUUUAGAGGACGUCGAAUGCUGCCAAUGGAUAUUGUAACCAGGCCAAGACAUCUCGUCACAAAGCAGGGUGCGCAUGGACAACCAGUAUUACUGAAGGCAAAUUACUUCAAAUUGUUGAGUACCCCAGACUGGUGCCUUCAAAAAUACCGCGUGGAUAUUGAGCCAGAAGAGGAUCGUAAUGUCAUACGUAAAGGGUUGUUAAGGGCUCACAGACAAACUCUUGGAGCUUACAUCUUUGAUGGAACGUUGUUAUAUUCUACACGCAUGCUACCUAAGCCACUCGAAUUGACGUCUCAGCGAGAAUCUGAUAAUCAAUUGAUGUCAAUAAAAAUUCGUCAUGUUGGACAGUUGAACAAAGGUGACUACGAGUAUGUUGCGUUUUUCAACAUUAUAAUGCGAAAAUGUCUCGAUCUUCUUGAAUUGAAAUUGUUAGGUCGUAACUAUUUUGAUCCACAUAAGAAGACUGAGGUUAGAGAAUAUCGCCUUGAGCUGUUGCCAGGAUACUUUACCUCCAUUAGACAACAUGAAAAUGAUAUACUGAUGUGUGCCGAAAUUACUCACAAAGUGAUGAGAAGUGACACUCUUCUUCACUUGUUAAAAGAGUGUUACCAAACAAAUCCCCAUGAUUAUCAGCGUGUGUACAAAAACACGGUCAUUGGAUCUGUUGUAUUAACGUAUUACAAUGAUAAUUCAUAUAAAGUUGAUGAUGUCGACUUUUCAGUAACACCCAAGUCUACUUUCAUGAAAAAAAAUGAUGAAAUAUCCUACAGUGAGUAUUAUAGAACGAGGUACAAUGUUACUAUUACAGAAAUGAGACAACCAUUGCUAGUGUCCAAAGCUAAAGCCAGAGAUAGACGAGCUGGAAAAUCAGAAAUGGUUUACCUAAUACCUGAGCUCUGUAAAUGCACUGGGUUGACUGACAGUAUGAGAAACGACAAUAGGCUAAUGAGUGCAUUAGCUAAGUUCACUCGUGUGUCACCUGUUGAUAGAAUAAAAAAACUUAUGAACUUUAAUCAGCGUCUUCAUGGAGUUCCAGCCAUUGCUGCAGAAAUUCAAAGCUGGAACCUAGAGCUUGACAGAAAGUUGGUUGAUGUGCCAGCUCGCGUUCUGACAUGCGAUAAAAUAAUAUACGGUGACAAUAGUACCACACCGGUCAAUACCAAUGCCAAUUGGACUGGUGAUUUACGUUACCGUUCGAUGCGAGUUAGCGGCUCUCUUGAUGAGUGGGUGUUAUUAGUACCCAACAGAUUAAAGAGAGAUGCUCAGAAUUUUAUAAGUUCUUUGAUCAAAGCAGCCAGUGGAAUGAAUUUUCGGAUUAACUAUCCCAAAAUCAUUGAUUUAAGGGAUGAUAAUCCUAGCACUUACGUUGAAACGCUCGAAAUCGUCAUGAGUAAAAAAGUGCCAUUGUUAAUCUUUUGCAUAGCAAGCAAUAAUCGUCUGGAUAGAUAUGCAGCUAUUAAAAAAAAAUGUUGCGUAGACAGGCCGGUACCCACUCAAGUUUUACUGGCUAGGAGCUUACAGAAUAAAUCGAUUAUGUCUGUUGCAACAAAAGUAGCUAUACAGCUCAAUUGUAAGAUCGGUGGUAUUCCAUGGACUGUUGCGAUACCACUCAAUGGGUUAAUGGUCGUAGGAUUCGACGUGUGUCAUGAUACUAAUUCGAAGACCAAAGACUUCGGUGCAAUGGUAGCAUCUUUAGAUUCCAACCAUGGGAGGUAUUUUAGUGCUGUAAGCAGUCACACAUCUGGAGAGGAGCUGUCCCACGAUUUGUCUGUUAACUUGCUGAAAGCUAUUAAACAGUUUAAAGAAGUUAACAAUACGCUACCCAAAAGAAUUGUCAUCUAUAGAGAUGGUGUUGGGGAUGGACAAACCCACUAUGUUGUGAGAAACGAAGUUGCUGAAGUCAAGGCUAAACUUCAGUCAAUUUAUGAGAAUCCAGACGAUCUGAAAUUGGCCUACAUCAUUGUAACAAAAAAAAUUAAUACGCGGCUAUUUUACAAUGAACAAAAUCCGAAGCCUGGAACAGUAGUGGAUGAUGUAAUAACCGACCCUUCAAAGUAUGAUUUCUUUAUAGUAGCUCAACAAGUCAAUCAAGGUACCGUUACACCUACAGCUUACAACGUCAUUGAAGAUUCGUUAGGUCUGGAAGUUGAUAAAAUUCAAAGAUUGACGUAUAAACUUUGUCAUAUGUAUUUUAACUGGAGUGGCACUGUACGAGUACCUGCACCAUGUCAAUAUGCUCAUAAAUUGGCUUUUUUGGUGUCUCAAGCUGUUCACCAACAACCUAGUACCUACCUUGAAACUCUUUUAUAUUUCUUGUAACUGAUGCUUAUUGGUUGAUCUCCAUUUUUUCAUUCAUUAUUAUCAUUAGAUUACUUUUAAAACAUGCUUCAUUUAUUUUUUGUGGCUCUCAAUAUGUUUUUGAGCGUAUAUGUUAGCUUGUAAUUUGUUACGUGAGAUUUCUAUCACAAAUUAUUUAAACUUUGGGGUAAGAUUGUCAAAGUAUCCACUGAUGUGGCCUUUUUUUUAUAUCAAUUAGUCUAAACAGUUUUCUUUUGUUCCAUGAUGUUUUUUUUAUUUAUUUAUUUCAUUUUAUUAUUAUUUUUUUUAAUAACGUAUUUAACAUUCAUGCCUACGCAUUCUACAUUUUUAUUUCUAAGUAAUCAUAAUUCCAUAGUAGUAAAAAAGCUUUCUGAUGAACCUGUACCAUACCAUUGCAUAACAUGUUUAUACAACAAAUAACUGUUGAAAAACACGGAUGACUAAUUAAAUUCAACGAGCCAACUUUUUCUGAUAGAGUAUGGGUUAUGGCGAUGCUAAUUUUUUUUCUUUGGCAAUCACAAAAUUGUUCUCUUAUGUAGUCAUGUCUAUUAAGUAUUUUUUUUUAAUAAAAUUUAUAAAAACUAAAAAUGGUGUAACA